UCAGCUGGACUAGAUCUAGAACAGCAACAUAUCUAACUAGUGAUACUCUGUCUGUCCAGCAGAACAAAUCUGCCACCUGCUUGGAGAAGGAAAGAAUUUGUUCUUUAUUCAUUUCUAACUUGACAGCAGAAGGUUCUGGACUUUACAUCUGCAAUGUAAAACAUCUGAACAACACCAUGACUAAAGAAGUCAACAUAACAGUGAUCUAUAAAAGGAAAGUUCAGAUCUCUGGCAGAACAACUGUAAAGAAAAGAGAUGCUCUGAAUCUCACCUGCAGCAUUGAAAGUUUCCCUCCAUCACUCAUCAUGUGGACCAAACAGAGUUCCAUCACAAACCUACAAAGUGGAAUCAGCCUCCUCAAUGACACUGGAUCAGCCACUCUUUUCAUCUCAAAUGUGACAGCAGAGGAUUCUGGACAGUACGUCUGCACUGCAAAACAUCUCAAUACAACCAUGACGGAGCUAGCUGAUGUAACGGUAGCUUAUAAAAGGAAAGUUCAGAUCUCUGGCAGAACAACUGUAAAGAGAGGAGAUGCUCUGAAUCUCACCUGCAGUGUAGAAAGUUUCCCUCCAUCACUCAUCAUGUGGACCAAACAGAGUUCCAGCACAAACCUACAAAGUGGAAUCAGCCUCCUCAAUGACACUGGAUCAGCCACUCUUUUCAUCUCAAAUGUGACAGCAGAGGAUUCUGGACAGUACGUCUGCACUGCAAAACAUCUGAACACGACCGUAACGGAGCUAACUGAUGUUACAGUAACUUGGUUUUCAGAGAUCCUGGAUGGUUCUGGAUGUGUGCAUCAGUCGGCGGUCCUGACCUGUGUGUGCAUCAGUGAAGGGUUUCCUUUACCCUCCAUCAAAUGGCCGCUGCUGCAGAAUCACAGAGAGUAUUCUGUUAUUACCAUGGCGUCAGGCUACACUGUCAACAGCACUGUGACCCUAAUGGUUAAGCACCAUGACAACAUGACUAUUCAAUGUGUCAGCAGCAAUGACGAUGGGGAAGCUAAACUAAACCUCAAAAUCCAGCAAAACGUACCAGAAAAACAAGGCCAUCACUGUUCAAGUGGAGAGCUUUUCCUGAGCAUCGCUGUUGUGUCUGUGUUUGUGAACGUCAUCCUCGUGAUCUACUGUGUCUUCCUUUGGAUUUCAAGAAAAAAGGUGAAACCAGACGAAGCGGAGAGGUUUUACAUGUCGCUGCACCGAAAAGACACAUCAGAUGAAUAUGAUGUAAUCGGCCAGUCUUUGAGCUAACAGCUGCCAGAGAGAUUAUAUUUCUACAUAAUCUUUUUAAAAUGUACUGAUUACUUAUGUUAGUUUAAUUUUUUGUAAAAUCGUAUUAAUCUCAGGGUUUCUAAAAGGUAUUAAAAAAUACAUUUUUGCUAUGUAUAAAUAUGCUUAUAGAGCUGAAAAUUAAACAGUCUCUUAUAAUACAGAUAAUACUGCUACAGCAUGACGCCAUAAAAUGUGUGUGUGAAAGCUUUCCAGUGGGACCACAUUCAGAGCCGCCUUCAGUGAUUAGUAAAUCAGCUAUUAGCCCAUUCUUUGUGAUUUAAAACAUAAUUGGCCUUUUUAAUUUGUCUUCCAUUUUGGAACUGAAAACAAAAUGCCAGUAAAAUGUGAACAGAUCUGAAGCCAGUCUUUUCUAUCUGAAUAUGUUUUUAGGUUCUUGCAUGUUCGGGUAAUAUAAAAUGGCACUCUUAAUGGUAAAAAAAAAAAAAAAACACCCCACA